AUGAGGUUCUCUCUGCAUCAUGCCCCCAUAAAACAGGGCCUGCGCAGCUCUGGGGCGCGCAACUUUCACUCAUCGUCGCGAUGCUUUCCGUCCACACAAUCCCUCUUCACCACCAUCAUCCAUCGACCCAGAUCUCGAGCUUCAAAGGAGAGCUCGUCGUCAAACGCAUGCGGAAGCUCUCAGACUCGAUCUCACUCAGGAUGUGGCUGUCACCCAGCAGCCGCGAACCAAACGAAAACCGCCUACAUCGCUCUCGGAAGCAACCUCGGAGAUCGCAUAUCUGAGAUCGAAAAGGCGUGCAAUGAGAUGAACAGGCGGGGCAUCCGCGUCAAGCGGACAAGCAGCCUCUGGGAGACUGAGCCCAUGUAUGUGACGGAUCAGGACCGCUUCAUAAAUGGCGCCUGCGAGGUUGAGACGGAAUUGGAACCUCUAAAGCUGCUUGAUGAACUACAAGCCAUUGAGCGCGAGAUGGGACGCAAGAAACUGAUUGACAAAGGGCCGCGGAACAUUGACCUGGACAUCUUGAUCUAUGGCGAUGAAAAGGUUGAGCAUGAGAGACUGAACGUGCCUCAUAUCGGCAUCCCCGAGCGCGAGUUUGUCUUGAGGCCUCUAGCAGAAUUGAUCCCAUCAAAACCUCUAUAUGCUUCGCAGCCGUGGAAACUCGUUCAGGACUACCUCAACGAUCUCACUCCCGGCGAACCCCUAUCAACCAUUACCCCAUUAUCAUCCACGCUACCACUUACACCUCUCGUACACAACAGAAAGACCAACGUCAUGGGCAUUCUGAACAUGACGCCCGACUCCUUCUCCGAUGGCGGUCGUCACAACAUGGAAAGUCUGUCUAAUACGGUCAAAGACCUCGUUCGUAGCGGAGCCUCCAUCAUCGAUGUAGGCGGACAGUCAACGGCUCCUGGCCGCCCUGAGGUCUCGGCAGAAGAAGAAGUCUCCCGAGUUGUCCCUGCUAUCGAGCUCAUAAGAUCCAUGCCGGAAACUCGCCAUGUUGCCAUUAGCGUCGACACCUAUCGCGCCUCGGUGGCCGAACAAGCCAUCGCCGUGGGAGCCGACAUUGUCAACGACGUCUCCGCCGGAAUGUUGGACGCCGAGAUGCUCCCGACCGUCGGACGGCUGGGCAAAACAAUUUGCCUGAUGCACAUGCGCGGAAACCCGCAGACCAUGACGAAGCUCACCUCGUAUCCAGACGGCCUGGUGCCGACCGUCGCCGCUGAGCUUCUCGCGCGGGUGGCCGCAGCCGAAGCAGCAGGCAUCCGGAGAUGGCGUAUCAUCCUCGAUCCGGGCAUCGGAUUCGCCAAGACGGGCGCUCAGAACCUGGAGCUGCUGCGGCGACUCGAGGAGCUCCGAGCGUGGCCUGGCUUGCAGGGCCUGCCGUGGCUCGUUGGAACGAGUCGGAAGAGCUUCAUUGGAAAGAUUACGGGCGUGGAAGAGGCAUCGCAGAGGGUUUGGGGUACGGCGGCCACGGUGGCAGCGGCGGUUCAGGGGGGAGCGGAUGUCAUACGAGUUCACGAUGUUCGCGAGAUGGCCAUGGUGACUAAGAUGUCGGAUGCCAUCUGGAGGGCUUGA